AUGAUGCCCCAGAAGAAGAAGCGGAGGAAGAAAGACAUCGACUUCCUGGGCUUGUACGAGGAGGAGCUGCUGAACUACAACUCGGAGGAUGACGAGGAUGAGCUGGAGCAUGAGUACUACAAAGCCAAGGUGUAUGAGGUGGUCACAGCCACAGGGGAUGUUCGUGGUGCAGGAACAGAUGCCAAUGUGUUCAUCACGCUCUUUGGAGAGAAUGGGCUCUCUCCCAAGCUCCAUCUCACCAGCAAGAGCGAGUCUGCUUUCGAGAAAGCCAACGUUGACGUAUUCCGGGUGCGAACCAAUAACGUGGGACUCAUCUAUAAAAUCAGGAUUGAGCAUGAUAACACAGGCUUGAAUGCCAGCUGGUACCUGGACCGAGUUAUAGUGACUGACAUGAAGAGGCCCCAUCUCCGCUACUACUUCAACUGCAACAGCUGGCUGAGCAAGGUGGAGGGUGACCGUCAGUGGUGCCGUGACCUGCUGGCCAGCUUCGACCCCAUGGACAUGCCCAGAGGAAACAAGUAUGAAAUCAAGGUAUACACUGGUGACGUGAUUGGUGCAGGGACAGAUGCUGAUGUCUUUAUCAAUAUCUUUGGAGAGUAUGGAGACACAGGGGAGCGUAGGCUGGAAAAUGAAAAGGACAACUUUGAAAAGGGAGCUGAAGACAAGUUCAUGCUGGAUGCGCCGGAUUUGGGGCAGCUGAUGAAGAUCAAUGUGGGCCACAACAACAAGGGGGGGUCUGCAGGUUGGUUCCUGUCCAAGAUCAUCAUUGAAGAUAUAGGGAACAAAAGGAAAUACGACUUCCCCCUUAACCGCUGGCUGGCGCUGGAUGAAGAUGAUGGCAAAAUCCAGAGAGACAUCUUAGUGGGUGGAGCUGAGACCACAGCCAUAACCUACAUUGUCACUGUCUUCACUGGGGAUAUCCGGGGAGCUGGAACUAAAUCAAAAAUCUAUUUGGUGAUGUUUGGAGCCCGAGGAAACAAGAACAGUGGGAAAAUCUUCCUGGAGGGUGGCGUGUUUGACAGGGGCCGCACAGACAUCUUCCAUAUCGACCUGGCUGUCCUCCUCAGUCCCCUGAGCCGGGUCUCCAUUGGGCAUGGCAACAUAGGCGUCAACCGAGGCUGGUACUGUGAGAAGGUGGUGAUACUAUGCCCCUUCACCGGCAUCCAGCAGACUUUCCCCUGCAGCAAUUGGCUGGAUGAGAAGAAGGCAGAUGGGUUGAUUGAGCGUCAGCUCUAUGAGAUGGUGUCUCUGAGGAAGAAGCGGCUGAAAAAAUUUCCUUGGUCCCUUUGGGUCUGGACAACUGAUCUGAAGAAAGCCGGCACCAACUCGCCCAUCUUCAUCCAGAUUUAUGGGAAGAAGGGUCGGACAGAUGAGAUUCUUCUGAAUCCCAACAACAAAUGGUUCAAACCAGGCAUCAUUGAGAAGUUCAGGAUGGAGCUCCCAGAUCUUGGCAGGUUCUAUAAGAUCCGGGCAUGGCAUGAUAGGCAGAACCCUGGCUCUGGGUGGCAUUUAGAAAAGAUGACUCUGAUGAAUACUCUGAAUAAGGACAAAUAUAACUUCAAUUGCAAUCGCUGGCUGGAUGCCAAUGAGGAUGACAAUGAGAUUGUGAGGGAGAUGACGGCGGAAGGCCCAACUGUGCGGAGGAUCAUGGGAAUGGCCCGAUAUCGCGUGACUGUAUGCACAGGUGAACUUGAAGGUGCGGGAACUGACGCCAAUGUCUACCUCUGCCUUUUUGGUGAUGUGGGGGACACAGGGGAGCGGCUGCUUUACAACUGCAGGAAUAACACUGACCUGUUCGAGAAAGGCAACGCCGAUGAGUUUACCAUUGAGUCUGUCACCAUGAGGAAGGUGAGGCGGGUGAGGGUCAGGCAUGACGGCAAAGGCUCGGGCAGCGGCUGGUACCUGGACAGGGUGUUGGUGAGAGAGGAGGGACAGCCUGAGAGUGACAACGUGGAGUUCCCCUGCCUCAGGUGGCUGGACAAAGACAAGGAUGAUGGACAGCUGGUCCGAGAGUUGCUACCCAGUGACAGCAAUGCCACCCUCAAGAAUUUCCGCUAUCACAUCAGCGUGAAGACUGGGGAUGUCUCUGGGGCCAGCACAGAUUCUCGGGUAUACAUCAAACUCUAUGGAGAGAAAUCUGACACCAUCAAACAGGUUCUUCUUGUCUCUGACAACAACCUAAAAGACUACUUUGAACGUGGCCGAGUAGAUGAGUUUACUCUGGAGACCCUGAACAUUGGAACUAUCAACAGGCUGGUGAUUGGACAUGACAGCACAGGCAUGCAUGCAGGCUGGUUCCUGGGCAGUGUCCAGAUCCGUGUGCCCCGCCAAGGCAAGCAGUACACCUUCCCCGCUAACCGGUGGCUGGAUAAGAACCAGGCUGAUGGGCGUCUGGAGGUGGAGCUUUACCCCAGCGAGGUGGUGGAGAUACAGAAAUUGGUCCACUACGAGAUUGAGAUUUGGACAGGGGACGUGGGUGGCGCUGGCACCACUUCCCGAGUCUACGUGCAGAUCUACGGGGAAGAAGGCAAGACAGAAGUUCUCUUCCUCUCCAGCCGCUCCAAAGUUUUUGAUCGGGGGUCCAAGGACACAUUCCAGCUGGAAGCGGUGGACGUGGGUGAGAUCUACAAGAUCCGACUGGGACACACAGGCGAGGGCUUUGGGCCCAGCUGGUUUGUGGACACAGUGUGGCUACGGCACCUGGUAGUGCAGGAGGAGAACCUGACGCCGGAGGAGGAGGCCCGGAAGAAGAAGGAGAAGGACAAGCUGCGGCAGCUGCUGAAGAAGGAAAGGCUGAAGGCUAAGCUGCAGAGAAAGAAGAAGAAAAAGAAGAAAGGCAGCGAUGAGGAGGAGGAGGGUGAUGAGGAAGAAGAGUCCUCCUCAGAAGAGUCCUCAUCUGAGGAGGAAGAAGAGGAGGAGUCCGAGGAGGAGGAGGAGGAAGAGGAGUAUGGACCAGGGAUGCAGGAGGUGAUUGUGCAGUACAAAUUCGAUGUUAACCGCUGGCUGGCCCGGGGCAAGGAGGACAAUGAACUUGUCGUGGAAUUGGUUCCAGCUGGUCAGCCUGGUCCUGAGCCCAAUACCUAUGAGGUCCAGGUGAUCACAGGGAACGUGCCCAAGGCUGGCACUGAUGCCAAUGUCUACCUGACCAUCUACGGUGAGGAAUACGGGGACACAGGGGAGCGGCCCCUGAAGAAGUCAGACAAGUCCAACAAGUUCGAGCAGGGCCAGACUGAUACCUUCACCAUCUAUGCCAUUGACCUGGGGCCUCUUACCAAGAUUCGGAUUCGUCAUGACAACACGGGCAACAGGCCAGGCUGGUUCCUGGACAGAGUAGACAUCACCGACAUGAAUAACGAGACCACGUACUAUUUCCCAUGCCAGCGCUGGCUAGCAGUUGAGGAGGAUGAUGGCCAGCUAUCCAGGGAGCUGCUACCAGUGGACGAGUCCUACGUGCUACCCAGUGAAGAUGAGGAGGGCGGGGGACAGAGUGACAAUAACCCCCUUGACAACCUGGCUCUCGAACAAAAAGAUAAAUCAACCACAUUUUCAGUGACCAUAAAGACUGGGGACAAGAAGAAUGCAGGGACAGAUGCCAAUGUCUUCAUCACGCUCUUUGGCACUCAAGAUAACAACGGAAUGACCCUCCUGAAGUCCUCCAAGACCAACAGUGACAAAUUUGAAAGGGACAGCAUUGAAAUCUUCACUGUGGAGACACUGGAUCUGGGAGACCUUUGGAAAGUUAGGAUCGGCCAUGACAACACAGGCAAGGCACCAGGCUGGUUUGUAGACUGGGUAGAGGUGGAUGCCCCAUCCCUUGGGAAGUGCAUGACCUUUCCCUGUGGCCGCUGGCUGGCAAAGAAUGAGGACGACGGCAGCAUCGUCAGGGACCUCUUCCACGCAGAGCUCCAGACAAGGCGUUACACACCAUUUGUCCCUUAUGAAAUCACCCUCUACACCAGUGAUGUCUUCGCUGCUGGGACAGACGCCAAUAUCUUCAUAGUCAUCUACGGCUGUGAUGCCGUGUGCACCCGGCAGAAGUUCCUGUGUACCAACAAGAGGGAACAGAAGCUGUUCUUCGAGAGGAAGUCGGCCUCCCGCUUUAUUGUGGAGUUAGAAGACGUGGGUGAGAUUAUAGAAAAAAUUCGGAUUGGCCAUGACAACACAGGCAUAAACCCCGGGUGGCACUGCUCCCACGUGGACAUCCGCAGGCUCCUCCCUGACAAAGAUGGUACAGAAACCUUGACUUUCCCCUGUGAUCGAUGGCUUGCCACCUCUGAGGAUGACAAGAAGACCAUCCGAGAACUGGUCCCUUAUGACAUCUUCACUGAGAAGUACAUGAAAGAUGGAUCCUUAAGACAGGUCUACAAGGAAGUGGAGGAGCCUCUGGACAUUGUGCUGUACUCGGUACAGAUCUUCACAGGGAAUGUUCCUGGAGCAGGGACCGAUGCCAAAGUCUACAUCACCAUCUACGGAGACCUUGGGGACACUGGGGAGCGGUACCUUGGCAAGUCAGAGAACCGCACCAACAAGUUUGAGAAAGGAACGGCUGACACCUUCAUCAUUGAGGCCGCUGACCUGGGAGUCAUCUACAAGAUUAAGCUCCGUCAUGACAACACCAAAUGGUGUGCCGACUGGUAUGUGGAGAAGGUAGAGAUCUGGAAUGACACCAAUGAGGACGAGUUUCUAUUCCUCUGUGGUCGCUGGCUUUCCCUGAAGAAGGAGGAUGGGCGGCUGGAGAGGCUCUUCUACGAGAAGGAGUACACUGGAGACCGCAGUAGCAACUGCAGCAGCCCGGCUGAUUUCUGGGAGAUUGCCCUGAGUUCCAAGAUGGCAGACGUGGACAUCGACACAGUGACAGGACCCAUGGUUGACUAUGUUCAGGAAGGCCCUGUGAUUCCUUACUAUGUGUCAGUGACCACUGGGAAACACAAGGAGGCAGCCACUGAUAGCCGUGCCUUUGUCUUGCUCAUUGGGGAAGAUGAUGAACGUACCAACCGCAUCUGGUUGGACUAUCCCCAGGGAAAGCGAGGCUUCAGCUGUGGCUCUGUGGAGGAGUUCUAUGUUGGAGGCUUGGAUGUGGGCAUCAUCAAGAAAAUAGAGGUGCUUUAUGAAAUGACGGUGUGGACUGGUGAUGUAGUCGGAGGAGGCACUGACUCCAAUAUCUUCAUGACCCUCUAUGGCAUCAACGGGAGCACAGAAGAGGUGCAGCUGGACAAGAAGAAGGCCAGGUUUGAGCGGGAACAGAAUGACACCUUCAUCAUGGAGAUCCUGGACAUCGCUCCCUUUACCAAGAUGCGCAUCCGCAUUGACGGGAUGGGGAGCCGGCCAGAGUGGUUCCUGGAGAGGAUCCUACUGAAGAACAUGAACACGGGAGACCUAACCAUGUUCUACUAUGGAGACUGGCUGUCCCAAAAGAAGGGAAAGAAGACACUGGUGUGUGAAAUAUGUGCUGUCAUUGACGGAGAGGAGAUGAUGGAGUGGACAUCCUACACGGUCUCAGUGAAGACCAGUGACAUCUUGGGGGCAGGCACAGAUGCUAAUGUGUUCAUCAUCAUCUUUGGGGAAAAUGGAGACAGCGGGACCCUGGCCCUGAAGCAGUCAGCCAACUGGAACAAGUUUGAGCGGAACAACACGGACACCUUCAACUUUUCUGACAUGCUGAGCCUGGGCCACCUCUGCAAACUGAGGGUCUGGCACGACAACAAAGGGAUAUUUCCUGGGUGGCACCUGAGCUACGUUGAUGUGAAGGACAAUUCCCGCGACGAGACCUUCCGCUUCCAGUGUGACUGCUGGCUAUCCAAGAGUGAGGGUGACAGACAAACGCUUCGAGACUUCGCAUGUGCCAACAACGAGAUCCGUGACGAGCUGGAAGAGACCACCUACGAGAUCGUCAUAGAAACAGGCAACGGAGGCGAAACCAGAGAGAACGUCUGGCUCAUCCUGGAAGGCAGGAAGAACAGAUCCAAGGAAUUCCUUGUAGAAAAUUCUUCCAGACAACGGGCCUUUCGGAAGGGGACCACAGACACGUUUGAGUUUGACAGCAUCUUCUUGGGAGACAUUGCCUCCCUCUGUGUGGGCCACCUGGCCAGGGAGGACCGGUUCAUCCCCAAGAGAGAGCUAGUAUGGCAUGUCAAGACAAUCACCAUCACCGAGAUGGAGUAUGGGAAUGUGUACUUCUUUAACUGUGACAGUCUCAUCCCCCUCAAGAGGAAGAGGAAGUACUUCAAGGUAUUCGAGGUUACGAAAACGACAGAGAGCUUUGCCAGUAAGAUCCAGAGCCUGGUGCCAGUCAAGUACGAGGUCAUCGUGACAACGGGCUAUGAACCAGGGGCGGGCACUGAUGCAAACGUCUUUGUGACCAUCUUUGGCGCUAAUGGGGAUACGGGCAAGCGCGAACUGAAACAGAAAAUGCGCAACCUCUUUGAGAGGGGCAGUACAGACCGCUUCUUCCUGGAGACGUUAGAACUGGGAGAACUGCGGAAGGUUCGGCUGGAGCACGACAGCAGCGGCUACUACUCAGGCUGGCUGGUGGAGAAGGUGGAGGUCACCAACACGAGUACUGGAGUGGCCACCAUCUUCUCCUGCGGCAGGUGGCUAGACAAGUCUCGGGGCGAUGGACUCACCUGGCGUGAGCUCUUCCCGUCUGUCUGAGAUGCCCUAGCCACACCUUACACCCUCCACCUUGCGUUCAAUAUCCAUCUCUGCAAAGCUCCACGGGUGGGGACUAGGGCAGAAGACCUGGGGUCUCAUAUCCGUCAGAGGCUGCUCCUUGCAAGGGACUGUUUAUGGAAUCCUGGUCUCUACCUUCUCCAUCUCUCAGACAUACAAGAGUUAUUAUAUUCAUCACAUGAUAUAAUCCAUGACUGUACAAACUAAUUUUUUUAAAUUUUCUUUCCUUAUAAUAACAGUGGUUGCCCAGGUUGGGACUUGCUGCAGGGUGUGGAUGGAAAAUUGGGACUUCACUCAGGGGAGACAAGUGGAGAAGGAGAGGUUAUCAAGGCGGGAUAUUUUAAGCAAAAACUAAUUAACACUUUUUCUCCGAA